AUGGCGACUAAAGGAGAAGUCUUAAAGCGACUAUCCACGGUUGCUUUGGUGCACAUCGCCGCACAUGGCAAAAUGGAUACAGGAGAAAUUAUUUUGGCCCCAAACCCUGCUGAGGAAUCCCAUCAUCCUGAGGAGAAAGACUUUUUUGUUGACGAUGGCGGAUGUAUUGGAAGCUAAGCUGCGGGCAAGAUUGGUUGUGUUGAGUUGCUGUCAUAGUGCUCAUGGAGAAAUAAAGGCUGAGGGAGGGUUGGCAUUUCUCGAGCAUUUUUAGGUGCUGGGGCUCGGUCCGUUUUGGUGUCCCUCUGGGGAAUCGAUGACGAAGCCACUUUCCGGUUCAUGAAACAUUUCUAUAAAGAACUAGUUAAAGGAAGGAGGGUCAGUGAAGCUCUUAACCAAGCCAUGAAAUGUAUGAGAGAGUCUGAAGAGUUCGGGGAAGUAAAGUACUGGGCACCAUUUGUUCUCAUUGGGGAUGAUGUCACUCUGGAGCUAAAUGGAACUGAUUCAGUUUAG